GAUUGGCUGACCAACAAGCCAAGGGCGGAGGACAAGUCUUUCAUUUUCUCUUUCUACGUUUUCAACUUUUUCCUUUCUUGCUUUCUUCCCCAAUUUCACAUCUGGUACUAGUAGUACAUUAUAUUCUCCAUUGUAAACUUCAAUACUAGUUGUAAAAAAAGCCAAAAGGGUCUUCUCCAUCUAUCUCUCCAGCACUUAGACACCUCAUAUAUUUUGAAUCUUCCAAAACUCUUCUCCUUAAUUUCUUGCCUGCUAAGCUUUUUGCUUUUCUCUUUUUUUUUUUUAAUUAGAAAUUUUAAAAAUAUACUUCUAGUGCUACUAUUAUCAGAUCUCCGUAAGCCCAAUAGUAAACAAACUCUCUGCAAUGGCUGGCCGUUAUGAUCGGAACCCUUUUGACGAGGAAGAAGAAGUCAAUCCCUUUGCUGAUGGAGGGAAAUCUAAGUUUAGUGGAGGAGCAUUUUAUACAACAUCUGGCAGUGUCCCUGCAGCAACAAACUCAAGGCUUUCGCCUCUUCCACCUGAGCCUGCAGAUUUCUAUAACAGUACUGCCUCAAUUGAUAUUCCUCUGGAUAAUGCUGCAGAUUUGAAAAAGAAAGAGAAGGAGCUGCAAGCUAAGGAAGCUGAAUUGAGAAGGAGGGAACAGGAUGUAAAGCGGAAAGAAGAGGCUGCUGCCAGAGCUGGUAUUGUUCUUGAGGAGAAAAACUGGCCACCGUUCUUUCCAAUUAUCCAUCAUGACAUUGGAAAUGAUAUUCCAAUUCAUCUUCAGAGAAUGCAGUAUGUUGCAUUCACAACCUUUUUGGGACUUGUAGCAUGUCUUUUCUGGAACGUCAUAGCCGUUACCACAGCAUGGAUUAAAGAGGGAGACCCAAAAAUCUGGUUUCUUGCUAUUAUAUACUUCAUAUCAGGUGUCCCAGGAGCCUAUGUGUUGUGGUACAGGCCACUAUAUAAUGCCUUUAGGACUGAUAGUGCUAUGAAGUUUGGGUGGUUUUUCUUGUUUUACUUGCUUCACAUUAUCUUCGUCAUCUUUGCUGCGGUUGCUCCUCCAGUAGUUUUCAAAGGAAAAUCUCUAGCGGGUAUCCUGCCUGCUGUAGACCUUGUCGGCAAGCAGGUCUUAGUUGGGGUUUUCUACUUCAUUGGGUUUGGUCUGUUCUGUCUUGAAUCAGUUCUCAGCGUUUGGGUUAUUCAGCAAGUGUACAUGUAUUUCCGAGGCAGUGGCAAAGCUGCAGAGAUGAAGCGAGAGGCUGCUAGAGGAGCGUUGAGAUCUGCAGUGUAAUGCGUUCAACUGCUCAGCCGACUGGCAGUCAGGUGUUGGUUGGGGUUACCUUGCUUUUAUAGCUCUUGAGAGCAGUGGAUCUUACAUCUAGUUGAGUGUUCAUUUUUUGUUAUGUUAGUCAUAUUUGUUUGUUACAAAAACUACACUUAGAGAUUGAUCAUUGGACAUAUGACAAGGUAUACCAGAUCUGCUGUAUGCUUAAACUAUAGACUUUGCCCCUCUGUAAAUUUGUCGCUGAGAUUCAGUUUAUUCAAUUUUGUCUCAUUGAGCGCUUUGGGUA